GGGGAGCGGUGGCCGGCCCGUCGGAGAACUCCGACUCCCGGCCUGCUCUGCGGCAUGCGCGCCUGCGCCUGCGCAGUCGGUGGGCAGCAGGAGGGCUGGAGACCCAAACACUGAGGAGCUGACGGGCUUUGCGGAGGCUGGAGGCGGCCUUCGGAGGUGGUGAUGUCUCCCUGAGCCUGUGCGUGGAGGUUGUGCUGCAGCCCUCGCCCUCCGAGACCACCAGUGUUGGCCCUCAUGGAAAUGGCUCACAUUCGAGACUUCAGUUUACAGAAUGCACGCAUGGACCCUGAGGAGCUCUUUACGAAGCAGGAACGGAUUGGGAAAGGCUCUUUUGGUGAAGUAUACAAAGGAAUAGAGAACCGCAGUAAGGAAGUUGUGGCAAUCAAAAUCAUUGACCUAGAGGAGGCAGAGGACGAGAUAGAAGACAUCCAACAGGAGAUUACAGUGCUCAGCCAAUGUGAUAGCCCAUAUGUCACCAAGUACUAUGGCUCUUACUUAAAGGGCACAAAAUUAUGGAUAAUCAUGGAGUAUCUGGGUGGAGGCUCUGCAUUAGACUUGCUGAAACCAGGCCCUCUGGAGGAGACGUACAUUGCCACAAUUCUUCGGGAAAUCCUUAAAGGAUUAGACUAUCUGCACUCGGAACGGAAAAUUCAUCGGGAUAUUAAAGCUGCUAAUGUGUUACUGUCAGAACAAGGUGACGUCAAGCUCGCAGACUUUGGGGUUGCAGGCCAACUAACAGAUACCCAAAUAAAGAGGAACACUUUUGUGGGCACGCCCUUCUGGAUGGCACCAGAAGUCAUCAAACAGUCUGCAUACGACUUCAAAGCAGACAUCUGGUCCCUUGGAAUAACUGCAAUUGAAUUAGCGAAGGGGGAGCCGCCGAACUCGGAUUUACAUCCUAUGCGAGUUCUAUUCCUCAUUCCAAAGAACAACCCCCCAACUCUGGAAGGGAAUUACAGCAAGCCCUUCAAAGAAUUUGUAGAGGCUUGCCUCAACAAGGACCCCAAAUUUAGACCAACAGCAAAAGAGCUUCUGAAACACAAGUACAUCCAGCGAUACACAAAGAAAACCUCCUACCUAACAGAACUAAUCGACCGCUACAAGCGCUGGAAAUCGGAAGGUCACGGUGAGGAGUCCAGUUCCGAAGACUCCGAUCUUGAAGCUGAUGCAGAGGAAAGAGAUCAGUGUCCAGUUUGGACUUUCCCCACCGUACGUCCCAGCACCUUAAGCAAGUUGCAAAACGGAAUGCCUGUACAGAGUUCUCAGAAGCCCUCGGAACCUAUGAAGCGACUGCCAAAGUCAAAGUGCUUGACGACCCUGGUCAAUCCCAUGUUCAGAGAGCUACAAGAGAAGCACAAAGUCAGUGGUGGGAAUCUGGGUGCCAUUGAAGAGCUGGAGAAUGCUUUUAAUCUGGCAGAGGAAUCCUGUCCGGGCAUUUCAGAUAAACUGGUAGCACACAUGGUGGAGCGGGUACAAAGGUUUUCAUUAAGCGGUUCUAGCAAGAACUCUGCGCGGUGAGGAUCUCGGCACCUUCAGGGGCUUCCUAUGUGCCCCGUGACCCAGCACCCAACAACACCCUUCCUGCUGCAGUUAGGAAAGUCUGUGACUGCUGAUGCCACUGCUUCAUGGCCAAGCCGCUGAGACUCGAUCACACUGUUGGAUCAGAACUGAAGAUGUUUUACUUUUAACACUGAUGCCAUGAGGGGUGGCACCAAAUAUGAGGGGUUGAUUUUUUUUUGUUGUUUUAAUUAGAAGUUACAAUAUUUUUACAGUUUCUUUUUAUGCAGAGAAGGUUAAUUGAUGGUGUAUAUCAAUCUGUAUUAGUAGAAAUGUACUGUGUGAGAGACAGCAUCUCUUGCUUGCCUGUCUAGGUUCUGUUUCAGAUUUCAAUUUUUUAAAAUGGUUUUAAAAUUAAAUAAUGCCAUUUAUAAGGGUGCGCAAGCAUGGAUUAUAUACAUUCGGGGUAGAGACUCCAAGAUGGUGUACAACUUUCACUGAACUCUUUUAAGAGGGGGCUACAUUCUGCUGCUUACAAAAGAUGUUAGUUGGAUGUGGGAGUUGGUGGUGCUUAUCCAGACCUUGGAUCAGUCAAAUCAUUCCAGACUACUCUUGGAGUAGUCCGAUGGCAUAGGCAAAGUGUCUCUCGACUGCGAAGGCUGCGUUUUCAGUCAGUCCAAUCUGCUGGUCUGAUCAAGGGAGUCUUCUUAACAGCCUUCAAGAUGGACCCCUGCAUGUUGCAGGGGGAGAUCGAGGUUGGCCAUUGAAAAGACCAGCUCAGCAACUGGAAGGGAGAAUUUGUGAAGGAUAAGAUUAAGGAGUGAAAACAGUUUUAUUUAAAAAAAACACUUAAACGUGAAGUUGUAGAGACAUGAAUGUUACUCCUGAGUAUAUUAUAAUCCCUCAUCUUAGACAGCACAAAGCUCCCUUUUCUCCCACCCCUCCAAACACCGCAAAUUACAGUGACAUAACCCCAUAUUUUUAUUUUUACCACGACCUGCAAAAGUGAUUCUGUCUCUUUGUAGGACAGUUCCACAGUGCUGAAUCGUGGGGUUGAUUGAAAGGGUGCAAGUCACACCUGUUGGGAAUCACACCACCUUGUUUCCCUGCAAACAUCUUGAUGGAGGAGAGAGAGAAACAUACUGCCUUCCCAGGUGGGAUCUCAAUUUCUGUAAGCGCUCCAGCCUGGGUUGCGACACGAGCAUGAAACAAGCAAAGCAGAAUGUUACUUGGAUCAGAUGGUGGAGAAAUUUAAGACUGCAUGUCUUAAAUCGAAGGCUGGCCACAUCUGGAACAGUCUUUCUUCAGGUUAACACUCCAAACUUUUCAUAUCUAAAUGGGUGACAAUGAGUGAUCUGUGGGCAGCUGGAAAAGAACAUUCUCUCUUGUUUUAAGGACAGAUUCAAAAGGUAGAUGACUCAAAUGUUUUAACCAUGACUGCGCCCUCACCCCCAACACUGAUUUUGCACUGUUAGUAUUCCAGAGAACAAAAAUUUGUAGGCACAUCGAAGAAGUAUUACUGUUACCAUUGUACAGCAAUUGAGUUGCUGUUGCCAAAGGAUCACCAGGUCAUUGGAGAUCUGUGGAACUGUGUUCAGUCCUUGAACUGAAACGCUGCUGGCCAAUGUCUUUAAUGGCAUUGACAUGGACUUUCCUACUGAACAAACUGGGGAAACCCUGGUGUUAGCAGGACAUGUAACAAAUGAGUUUUGCGAUGCAGUUUUUAUUUCAUCUACUUUCAAAGGAAGUUUCUUUAUCUCACUUGAUGUAGCACAAAAAAAAAUUACCAUAAUAUCGUGUCCAAAUUAAGUUUGUGUUUUCUUCUGUAAGUACAUAAAUGUUCCAUUGUGUAAGUACGAUCACAUUCCUUCUAGGUUCUAUUAUGUAAGUUGGAAUCAGUGAUAAUUUUGAAUGGAUCCUCUGUAUGGCCUUAAAGGGGAUGGCAGGCUGAUUGGAUUAUUUUGCUUUUACUCUAUGCAUUAGGAAGAUGAACAAAAUGAGUGACAAUACUGCUAUAAAAUGUGCCCAGCCACAUUGUCCUGCUCCUACAAUAAAAACAUUUGACCCAAAUCUGGUAGAAAUGCCAUGAUAUAAUUAGGGGAGAGUGAAAGAGCAAAGUGAACCAAAUAAGAUUUCUGUGGGAGUGGAAGCGUGUGUUUAGGACUGCAGUGUUCCUGACCUGAAAGACUUCAAAUAGUAUGACUUAAGAAUGGACAGUUGGUAGUAAGACUGGGAAGUCGCAAAGAAACUGCAGCAUGACAUAAAGGGAAAUGAGAUGUGCAAAAGAGGUUGUUCUAAAAAUACUGUUGGUAACAUCCAGGCAAAGGACUGAUCAGUCUCAAAAUGUGUGAGGGUAGCAAUCUGCCAGGAGUUUCAGCUGUGACUUUUGCAAGAUACCCAGGGGGGACUGGUUGAUUCAUUUUGUUGGGUUUACCCAGUGUUGUGGCUGGAGAUCUGGAGAAACCCACCCUGAAUGUUUCGCUGGAUCAUGGUUUGCUGGCGCCUACACGUAAUCUGACUUUUCUUUUCAAAUUACUGACUCUGCUUUUCAUCAAGGGCCUAUUCCCAUGGUGAUUCCAGGUCUGACACACAGCUGUAAUCAGUUCCAAGCUCCAGAUACCUGCAUCCCAUUGAGGAAGACGAGCAGUAACUCUGCAACCUUGUCAGUGAAGCUCGGGAUUGUGUUCCUGUCUGUCUUGUAUUUGUAUACUGCGUGCAUUAACAGUGUACAAGUGCACACUAGGUCUGCAAACCCAAUUGUUACCUAUCUUAAAAUCCAGUUUAGGUUUGGUUGUAGUUAUUUAUGGUGAAGGAGCAUAUCCAUGCUCUCGGAGCAGUGGAUUGUGUUUUAUAUACAGUGUAAUGGACAAUAAAAUACAAGAAUGGGCC